AACCAUGAAAACUCCUUCUCCUCAAUUACUUUGGCUUUCUUCUUUGCUCUUACUCCUCUUCUUCAUAACAUGCGUUUCUGCAACAGGAAGAGUGAAUAAACCAAGGCUCGGUAUGGUUGAUAGAUUAUCAAAGCUGAAGAAGAACCAUGACGACUUUGGUGCUGACACUACUGAUUUGGAGGCCUUUUUCUACACACAAACACUUGAUCAUUUCAAUUAUAGGCCUGAAAGCUACACAACCUUUCAACAAAAAUUUGUGAUUAAUUUUAAAUACUGGGGUGGUGCAAAUUCUAGUGCUCCAAUCUUUGCUUACCUUGGUGAAGAGUCUUCUUUGGAUCAAGAUCUUGGUGUCAUCGGCCUUCUCGAUGAAAAUGCCCCUCAAUUUAAGGCUCUUGUAUUGUAUAUAGAGCACCGUUAUUAUGGAGAAUCAAUCCCUUAUGGGUCAAGGGAAGAAGCAUUUCAAAACGCAAGGACACUUGGGUACUUCAGUUCUUCCCAAGCUUUAGCAGAUUACGCUGAGGUGAUUAUUGAUCUGAAGAAAAACUUGUCUGCAAAAGCAAGUCCAGUUAUUGUCUUUGGAGCUUCUUAUGGUGGAAUGCUUGCGUCAUGGUUUAGACUGAAAUAUCCUCAUGUCGCUUAUGGAGCAGUUGCAUCAUCAGCACCGAUUCUCUACUUUGAUAACAUCACCCCUGGAGAUGGAUAUUACUCUAUUGUCACCAAGGAUUUUAGGGAAGCAAGUGAAAAUUGCUACAACACUAUACGAAAAAUGUGGUCUAGAAUAGACAAUGUUGCCUCCACCUCCAACGGUCUUAAAUUCCUGAGCCAAAAGUUCAAGACUUGCGACGCAUUGAACAAGUCUUCAGAUCUCAAGGACUACUUAGGCAGUAUAUAUGCACGGGCUGCACAAUAUAAUAGUCCUUCGAGUCAUCCAGUUUCAAAGAUUUGCAAGGCAAUGGAUGAAGCAUCCAAAGGAAGAACCGAUAUUCUAAGUCGGAUAUUUGCAGGUGUGGUUGCUUAUAAGGGAAACAAAUCAUUGUGCUAUGAUACAAGUGAAUACACCACUCCUACUGAAACAACUGAUGGUUGGAAUUGGCAGACAUGUAGUGAGAUAGUAAUUCCGAUUGGGAUAAGUAGCAGCAAUGAGACCAUGUUCCAACCGGAACCGUUCAACCUCAUUAGCUUCAUUGAAGACUGUAAGAAAAAAUAUGGUGUCAGUCCUCGGCCUCAUUGGAUCACAACUCAAUUUGGUGGUCAUGAUAUUAUACGGGUUCUUAAGCGGUUUGGAAGCAACAUCAUAUUCUUGAAUGGACUGAGAGACCCAUAUAGCAGUGGAGGGGUGUUCGAAAGCAUAUCUCCUAGCCUUGUAGCGGUUCAUACAAAAAAUGGAUCUCAUUGCUUGGAUAUACUUAAUUCAUCACCAGAUGAUCCGGAGUGGUUAGUGGAGCAAAGAAACACAGAGAUCAGAAUAAUUGCUAGAUGGCUGGUCAAGUAUUAUAAGAAUCUUGCAGUAAAAAUAUGAUAGGACCAAAAUUGUUUCUCAAGAUCUGGUAAGAAUAAUUAUUAUGUAAUUAAUGUUAGAAACUUCUUAA